AUGUCAUUAUACAGAAAAGAAAUACAAAGUUAUCUUGUCAGAAACAAUCAAAUGGUACAAAAUCCACCUGAAAAGGUCAACGUUCUAGAAGAGGAAACAACCUCUAUAUUAUCACAGGAGCUGGUAAACGAGAUGUGCACAAAUAUACAGGAGCGUACUGAGGCUUUGAGUGGCUUCUUAGGGAAAGAAGCUGAUGCCGACUUACUGCUUGCAGAAGAAACUGUUAAAGAUGCAAACUUCACUAUCAGUGUUUUGCCUGUAUUGUAUGAAGCCUGGCAUUCACCUUACAAAAACAGCAAACUGCAGCACAGAUUGGAGGAGACCAUUGAAGAGCUAUCUGAUGCCUGUCACCAUGAGAUACAGACGUUUACUCAGCUUAUCCUGGAUACGGCAGGGACCUUGUGCCCCAAAAUUCUACAGAAAAAGGGAGUUAAAGAACAGCUGACUAAGUCUGUUUCGGAUAGGAUUUACCAAGAAAAGAACACGGUGCUUGGAGUCAGUUUAGAUAAUGUGGUCCAGGACAUCUUAAAUAAACUCAGUGACAUAAAACUGUCCAUAACUACUGCAAUUGCUGACAAGAUGACUCACGCUGUCCUGGAGGAUCUAACUGCUGCUCAGAGCAAACUGGAAGAGAAAUUUAAAAAGCAAUCCAUGUCCCUACCUAUUAUACACAUAGAAACAGAGGAGGACCUGUUGCUGAAGAAUCGAAAUCUCCUUAAUAUCACAAGGAAAGAUAUAUCAGCUGAAGAGUGUAAAAUAUCAUUCAGGAGCAAAAAGAUGCUACGCAGUAUACGCCCAAUGCCAGCAUCAAAUAGAGUCAGCAAGCUGGAUGCGGAUGCUCCGGUACAGGAGACAGAGGCUGUUACAGGCCAGAUGCUGCUGCCGUUCAGCUGCUCUCCCCUGAAGCCACUCCCUGUUUCUCUAAAGGAUGCUGAGGAUAGAGGAGGCUGCUGCUGCUCGCUUGCAUCCUCACAGCCUGCAUGCUCACAGCACCCUAUGGACCUUCCAACCCAGGGGGAGAAACUGCAGCACUAUACUCGACAGAGACCCCGACCCAACAGGACCAGCCGUCAGCCACCACGGAGAGCUCAUGUACCAUCUUCAGAAAGUGAAAUUUCUGAAAUCAAUGAAAGAGAAGCAUCUUCUAAGGUGGAUGAAGGAGUAGAAGAAUUUUUUAGCAAAAAGCUAAUACAAGACUAUCAUCACCAAACCCCACUGCAGGUAUCUUUAGAACCAACCACCUUCUCAUCUCCUGGUUCAAGAACAUUCAAGAAGAAAAUAGGAGAAUUUUUUGCAUUAAGGAAACCGAGAUCUACUAAAAGCCUCAAGUGUGAAAAGGAGCAAGAUGGCAGCCCUGUGGCUGCUAAAAUCAGGAAGCCCACUCUAACAGACAUUCUAAGGCCUCUGGGUAAAGGGGGAGAGACAAUAAAGUCACAUGACAAAGCUGAGGAUGAAACGUCAGCAGAUGGAAAAUCUGUGCUUGAUCCGACAUGGACCCCAGACGCUGCAAGGAGGAUCAAACCCAGAUACUCCAGGGAGGGGAAAUCCCAAUCUUUGAUUCUCUUAUCUGGAGAUGACGAGGAGUCACUUGGAAUAAAGCAGGAAAAGAAGCGCCAAUAUGAGAAGAAUGAUGGAGAAGUUUGUAACACAUUUGAACAGAGAGUUCACAGUAUGCUGCACCGUAUUGGCGUCACAAGAGCCUUAUCUUCAGAAGUAAAAAAGAAGCAACUUGAUUUGCCACAUGAUAUAAAAUGUGAUCCUAUGUCAGUAGUGGCAAAACUACGGUAUGAGUGCCCAAGAUAG